GAAAUACGAUAGGUUAAUUGGUAGAAAAUGGGGCAUGGUUGCAGUAGCUAUGGCCCAUUUGCGAUCGUUAAGGACUUUGUGUGCAACAUGCUCUGUUCCACAAUCGUGGAAGCUUUUUAGCAGAGGAUUUGCAGAUGUCAAGGAGCCGGGAAAGGUCAUUGGACCCAGGCACUAUCCAUCGCUGUCCCAAAGUUUGCGGAACACUCGAGGGCGUGAGUUGCUGCGAAUCGUGGACACCGCGGCACCCAACCUGGAGAACGAACAAGAGUUUCUCAUCGUCCUGAAGGCCUUAGCCUUGGACGGACAAUUCCGACGCGCGCUGCGCCUCUUGAGGGAGAUGAAGGAGAUUGGCAUCGAGCUUGACAUCAUCAAGUACAAUUGGGUCCUUGCGGCCAUGGCGAAGGACAAGCAGGUACAAAGGGCCCUGGCGAUGCUGGAGGAGAUGAGACAGAAGGAGAUCAUCCCUGAUUUGCAGAGCUACAACCACUGCGCAGGUGCCUGCAAGCCCAAAGAAUGGGAGGAGGCGGUUCAUAUUCUUCGCACCUUGAUGCCCAAAGCUGACAUUGAGCCAGAUGCGCAGAGCUUCGAGCAUGUUGCAGCAGCUUGCGAGGAAGGACUCGAGUGGCAGAAGUCCCUGGACUUGUUCAUGGAGAUCGAGCAGCGUGGUCUUUCAGCCAGUUCCGUGGGACAUAACUACGCACUGUCUGCGUGCCGUCAGGGCAAGCGAUGGAAGCAUGGCUUCGAGAUCAUGGAAAUCAUGAAGGAGAAGGGCUUCGAGCCCGACUUCCGUCUGAAGAUGGACUUGGAGGCCCAAUCGCGUGGCCUGGAGAAAGCGCCGCCGCCCGAGCCCAGCUCACGCUCCAUGCCUUCCCCUGACAACGUCUGGCAGAGGAAGCAACAGCUGCGGGAGCUCCGAGAGCAGGACAAGCGGCGCCAGGAGGAGCGUCGUUUGGAGGAGGAGCGGCAGAAGCGCUUGCGGGAGGCCCAUGGGGAGCCUGUGAGGUCGGCUGAGAAGAAGGAGGAGAAGGAAGAGAAGCAGGAGAAGAAGGUGGAGAAGGAGAAGGUGGCUAAGGUGCAGAAUGUCACAAAGGCCCCCAGCACCGAAGCUGAACCCCCCAAGCCGGCUGAAACCGCCCCACCAGAAGAACGGGAAGCGCGGACCAGCGCGCCGGAGCCUCGAGAGCCUCGAGAGCCUCGAGAGCCUCAGCGGCAGAGGCCCAAGAGGGAUCCCAGGAAGCCCAAGUUGCGGGCGCCGGGGUCCUACGUUCUGCCGGUCUUUGCGCAGCAUGAUCGCUCCAACCAUGCUGAGAGGCAAGCACUCAUUAAGGUGAUUGCAAGGGUGCAAGAGGCCUCAGGUGCUCAGACAGAUGCAGAGUUUGAAGCGGAAUGUGCCGAGGUCACUGGAACGGUCAGACUGUAUGCCUCACAUACACCGUGCAUCUCCUGCAUGGCCUGCUUUUGCCAAUUCCAGCGACUCUUCCCCAAGGUGAAGCUCUGUGUGGAUUUCGAUGACUGGCGGGAUACUCGCCGCAUGGUGGAGAUGGCCCGGAGAGAGGAGGAGCACAAGAAGCGAGGGACCAGUCCUCCAAACUAUGACUGCCCCGGCUUGUCUGACAUGUCUGAUGAGGAAGAACCUGUCGAGCUGGAUGACAUGAUCUUGAAGCCAGCGUCUGCUUGAAUCGUAGAAAGGCUCACUGGUGGGACCAUGAGUGGCACAG